AUGAAUCCCGAGACAAAGAGCAUCCACAAUUACAAGUUUGUGGAACCUCCAUUGGCUGUACUGAGAGGACUUGGGGAACGUUUAGACCUGACUCACAAAGACGCCUUCAAGGAAGCGUAUGGUAACCAACUGGGUAUUCUGAACACUGAGGUCAACAUCACCGCUAUGCACACCUUGGUGCAGUUCUACGAUCCACCACUAAGGUGCUUUACUUUCCAAGAUUACCAGCUAGCGCCGACAUUGGAAGAGUACUCUCAUAUUCUGGGUAUUAGGAUUAAGAACCAAGUGCCCUACAUCUGUACUAAGGAGCUUCCUGAAUAUCAAGAACUUGUUGAAGCUCUGCAUAUGGGAAAGAAGGAAAUAGAAUUGAACUUGAAACCAAAGGGUGGAAUCCAUGGCUUCACCUCUAAGUUUCUCGUAGACAAAGCUAUCACCUUCGCUGAAGCUGGAAGUUGGACAACCUUCAAUGCCCAUCUAGCUUUACUCAUCUUUGGGAUUGUCUUGUUUCCGAAUAUGGAGGUGUUCGCAGUCUUGGCUGCCAUUCACAUCUUCUUGACUCAGAACCCGAUUCCCACUCUUCUUGAUGAUACUUACUAUUUCAUCCACGUAAGAACCCAGAAGAAGAAAGGGACUAUCGCCUGUUGCACCCCUUUACUGUAUAAAUGGUUUAUUUCGCAUCUACCCAGUGAAGGUCCCUUCGUUGAGAACAAAGAUAACUUAAAAUGGUCCCAGAGGAUCAUGUCCUUAAAAGCCGAAGACACUCCUUGGUAUUCUCGAGUGUAUGAUGGUGUCAAGGUCAUCCUUAAUUGUGGGGAUUUUCCUAAUGUACCUUUUCUUGGUACAAAAGAAGGAAUCAACUACAACCCGAGGUUAGCAUUGCGACAACUUGGAUAUCCUAUGACGGACAAACCUGAUCUCGAAAGUGUAGAGGGUUUUGUUUUAUACGAAACAGUCGAAGAGACAGAGUUGAUCAAGAAGAUUGUCAAGGCUUGGGGGUCGAUUUGUCCUCAAGUAAGAGCGGAGAUGGGUAAGAAGAACUGUAUCGCCAAGAAAGCUUACACCAGUUGGAUCAAGAGCAGAGUUAGUGAGGUCUUGUUGCAGUUCCCGCCCGAACCAUCCAUGAACCUCCAAUCUCCUGAGCCAGAGAACCAGCCAAAUUCUGAGGUGGAUGAAUUGAAGAAGGUUAUCAAGACUCUAGAGAAAGAGAAUGUCGAUCUCAAAUCUAAGCUUGCUAAGAUCUCACUAGAGAAAGAAACCUUGAAAUUCAAUUUGAAUCAGAAGAGAGACCGAGUUCGUCAAGCCGAUGAUGAGGUACAGACAAAGGUUUUCAAAAGACUCAAAGGGACUUACGCCAGUCUAACGACCAAAAAGAAGCAGUUAGCUGAAGCCCAAUACCGAGCUGGUAAAGCAGAACUAGAACACAUGGAGCAAAUGAAGAAACUUCAAAGCCUGCUAGAAGCUUGUAAGAAAGAGUUGAAGGAUGAGAGAAACCGCAACAAACAUCUAGAAGUCACCCUUCUCCAAAAACAGUACGAGCUGAAUCAGAGACUAGAAGAGAUCCAAGAGCUGAAGGAACGAUCACAUGGGAACUUGAAAGACAGCAACAUGCAGUUGAACAAGCAUCCUGAAGACCCCUCCAACCGAGGGAAGAUAGUUGUGAACAACAUGACAAGCAAGCUAGAUCACAAUCCCCCACUUGAAGGGAGUGCAAUGUUGGGAAAAUGGGGUGUUUGCCUAUCCCCAAAAUCUCAAGCUUACUACGAAAAGUUGUUAUCCAAUUGCUUCUAG